GUGUAAUUGUUAAAUUAAAUAAAGCCAGUCCUUGGGUGGUUCUAAUUGUUACAUCUUUAAACCAAAGAGCCCAAAAAUUACAAAGUAGCUCUGAAAUUAUUUUUCUUGAUUCAAGCUCAAGCUGUGAUGUUUCGAUGGCCUCAAUCACUGUAAUUUUAACUGCAACUAAAGGUGGUGCUGUUCCAAUUGGUGUUUUGGUACAUAUGCAACAAACAAGUUUAGCGUAUGAAAAAGGAUUUAAAAUGCUUAAAGAGCAUUUUCCUAAUUGCUUUGGAGGAUUAGAGUAUCCAAAGAUCAUAAUGACUGAUGAUUCUGUUGCCGAAAAAAAUGCUAUUAAAUAAGUUUGGCCCUUAAC